UAAUGAUUUUGAGGCUAGAAUACGUUCAAUUUGUCAUUUUUUGAAUGAAGUGUUGAGCAUCUCAAAGAAGGGACAGAAUCCAGAUGUUGCGUUUGCGUGCCUCGUUACCUUUAAGAUGCUGUGUCGGUAACGCGUUGUUUUAACACCGUCUCCUCCAGCAGAGGCCACGCGGACCGGCCGCGUGCUUCAUUAAGUUUAACGAGCACCGUUUGUUUUUUAAUUAAGACCCGAGGAAGAGGACAUUAACGUCUCGAGCGGAUUCUUCUGAAAUGUCGGAUUUCAUUUUUUGUCGGCCGACCGUGAAGCAGCGGCGGCGGCGGGAGGGACUGCACGAGACGAGACGAGACGGGGUCCGCGAGGAGGGUGGGCGCGUGCAUUAAAUACUUUCCCUUUAAAGCGGAGAGGGACAGAGGGGGUGAAGGAGAGACAUAAAAAAAGAAAAGGAAGAAAGACAGAGAGGGAGGGAGGGCGAGAGAGGGAGAGGGAGAGAGAGGCUUUUUUUUUUUUUAAAAAAAGAGAAAGAUGUCCUCCCGUCGAUCGAAACACCGAGGCGGAGUCAUGGACCGCGGCCGACCGGGAGCCCUCUAGUCUGGGGACGAGCUGUACGCAACACCGAGGCUUUGGGACUCCAACGCUGCGGCCUUUUUUUUUUUUUUUUUUUCUUGCAGGAGCUACAAAUAAUCUCUAUUUUUUUUUGCAUGCAAUUCACCACAUUUUAACUAAUGUAGACAUAAGCAACUUAUAUAUAUAAAACACCAUUAAAGCAAGCAUGAUAUCAACCAUUUUUUGGCGCGUUUACAAAAUGUUUACCGCCAACGGGGUAUGAUUUCAUCACUGAUAGCAGCCGCAGCACUCAUUAGCCGUGAGAGCUAGCUGUCGUCCGGUGUCAUCAAACCCGGACAGGUGAAGAGGAGACACAGGCCUCAGGUUUUGUUUUCAUAGCGGUCCCUCCUCGGCUCCGUCCCCCUCCUCCCUCCCCUCUUCGGGCCGCUAGCUGCUGCUGGUCCUCGGCUGUCAGAGGGUUCAAGAUGGACACCUCCUGGAGUAAUUUCCUCUUUCAGACUCCGUCGGCUCAGAGUCAGACUGAGACGCCUCUUCAGUCCGAUCUGCUCCCGGAGCUCAGCGGAUCGGCUCAGAGUCCUCCAGCCGAGCAGAUCGGCACACCGCCGUCCACCGUUGACACUGCCGCCCUCAGCGAGGAGCCACUUCCUGUCAAACCGCUCACCAAACCCGGCCGGCCGGCCCACAUCUGUGCCACCUGCAACAAGGAGUUCAAGAACAGCUACAACCUGCGGCGCCACCAGUCGGUGCACACGGGCAUCAAGAUGAAGGACCGGGCGGCCCGGGAGAAGGAGGACGGAGGUAAAGGUGGACGGGUGGAGAAGCAGACGGUGCCUCUGUCGCUCCUCCACCUCGCUAUGCCUCCUCCUCCUCCUCCACCUCCUCCCCCCACACAGGAGACCCUCCCCCAGCACGGUCAGCAGCACGCCAACCAGGAGAGCCAGCAGGUCUCUGUGUCCAUCGCCCCGGCAACUGUAACCAUGGCCGCACUGCCUCAACCAAUCCAGGCAGCUGUUGUGGUGGUGGGCUCCAUGGAGCAGAAUCCGAACCCCCACCCAAACACCAACCAGGUGAGGAAGAACCACGCGUGCGAGGCCUGUGGGAAGGCCUUCAGAGACGUUUACCACCUGAACCGCCACCGUCUGUCCCACUCGGACGAGAAGCCGUACUCCUGCCCCAUCUGCCAGCAGCGCUUCAAGAGGAAAGACCGCAUGAGCUACCACGUCCGCUCGCACCAGGGUGGCGUGGAGAAACCCUACGUCUGUCCGCACUGCGCCAAGGCCUUCUCCCGACCGGACCACCUCAACAGCCACGUCCGACAGGUGCACUCUACAGAGAGACCGUUCAAGUGCACGACGUGCACGUCGGCGUUCGCCACGCGGGAUCGUCUCCGCGCUCACCUGAUCCGCCAUGAGGAGAAGGUUCCGUGUCACAUCUGUGGGAAGCUGCUGUCCGCCGCCUACAUCACCGACCACAUGAGGGUCCACAACCAGUCGCAGCACCACGCCUGUCACCUCUGCAACCGCAGCUUCACCACGCUCACCUACCUAAGAGUCCACGCUCAGAAGCACCACGGUCAGGAGUGGAAGGAGAGCGGGGGCGCGAGGGGGCUUCGGGGGACGGGGGCCGGUGGGGUGCUGCUCUGCCAGCUGUGCGGCGUGCAGUGUAAGACGGCCACGCAGCUCCAGGGUCACAUGGGCACCCACGCCAACCAGGGUGACCCCGUCCCCGACGCCACGGGGGCCACCGGCGUGGCCGUCACCGUGUCCAGUGCCAGCGCGGUGGGACUGCUAGUAACUGACUGCUCCGGCAUCGCCCCCCCGCCCCACAGCUAGCACGCUGGGAGGGCGACGGGGGCGGGACGGGGAUGAGGUGGGGGUGGAGGCGAUGGAGGCGAUGGAGGAGGAGAGACAACUACAGCCAGAUGUUUUCUCAACAGCCUGUCAGAACUGGACUCUGAGAGAAGCUGAAGAUCUUCUCUCCUCCUCAGCGUUGUCAUAGUUUCAUGAGGACGGCAGCCUUUUCGUACUUUUACCUCCGUCAGCGGUGUGAAACAGCUGAGCUCUCACCAACACUCAGACACACUUUACAAAACUGUACAGAGUGUUUGAAGACCAGAAGAGACAAAGCAAGGAAAGAGACAGUGGACAAGACAAUAAUGAAACCUCUGCUCAUUCAUUAAGAAGAUAUUAUGUGUAUUUUUAUUCAUGUUGCUUAGCGAUUAGCUGUUUCUAUUUGCCAUCAUCUCGUUGUUUUAAUCGUUGACUGACUCGCACAUUCUGUCAUGAUUUUGUAAAGUGUUUUUAGAUAAUUUAUAUUCCAUGAUAUCAGUGUUUGUUUAUAAUGGGGACGUUUAUCUAAAGAUAACAUUUACUUAUCUCUUUAAUUUAUUACUAAACAGUCUCCAGUUUGCCUUUUGUCAGAUUAUCAGAGCAGGGAAACCUACCGGGACACGGGAUCGACUGUUUCAGAUGGGACAUCAUGUAAAUACACUUUUUAUAGAGCUGAUGAAGGCAAACUACUAGAUGUUUGUGUAUCUCUCCCCCCCCCCCCCCAUUAAAUGAACAUUGAAUGUGCAUAACUUCUCUGCUUCAUAUGGUCUUCGCUCUGUCUCUGGAUGCUGAUUUGUAAUAUUUGAAAACAUGUAAUUUGUAGCUCCCUUGGUGACACACUUUCUGUGGCCGUGCAUAUUGAUUGUACUUUGAUGCAUAGCCUCGUUACUACUGUAUUAAA